GGGCGGGGCGGGGCGGGGCGAGAGCUGCGGGGCCGCCACUGCCGGCAACUUUGUGCGGCGAGUUCAGUGCCGGCGCGAACGAGCGAUCGCGAAAGUGUGUGUGUGGCGUCGAGUCCCCCCGAGAGCAGGACAGUCCCCGGGGAGGGUCGGGGGCCCCAGGGGUCGCCCCCCACCUCCACUCCCGGCGCCUCCCGCCCCGGCGGCUCCCCCCCCCCCCAUUUCCUCUCCCCACUGGGCCUCCCGCCCCCGUCCGCGGCUACCUGUCCCCUCCCCCAGUGCACACGCACCUCCCCUUUCCCCGGGAGCCCCCCUCGGACCUGCAGAGCGCCAGCCACCCGGCCACCCGGCCACAGCUCCCCCGCACCCCUCCCGGUCUUUCUCUUGGGGGUCGGGGACAGGCGGGGCGGGGAGGGGGAGAUGGGGGCCGCCGAGCCACGGCCACCGGGGCGCCCAGACAAUAGUUGAUGCCCGGGCGCCGGGACCUGCGCGCCCCCUCUGCAGCCGGGCGGGGGAUCGGGCUGACGCUGCCCCGCACCCCCACGCCCGCACCCCUCCCCGCCCCCACCCCUGGGCGCCGGCUGUUCUCCGCAGAGCGGGCGGCGGGGCGGCGGGGCGCAGACGGGUCCGCACGGCCGCUCUUUCUCCGCAGGGACAGCGCGCCGCCCGGAGCCCGGGCCCAUCGGAUGUGCAAAGCACAGAAAGCCAACUGGAGCGGAUUGUAUCAGAGGAACUGAAGGAGAGGUGGGAAGCAGAGCGUCACGUCGACUGCUUCAAUACCAGCUUUCCUGUGAGACUUCUUGGUACCGACCUGAGAGAAGAGCUUCCUGGAGGUUCCGGCGGCCUGAGCCUCUCCCCCUGCACUGUCCCUGCAGCUUUUCCUAUAUGAUCACACAUUAAUGCGGAUGGUGUUCUCUCAUGUCUGUGACCUUGGCACAAGAGUAUAAGAAAGCAUGAGAUUGUGGCUGCUACAGAGUGCCGGUCACACCAAUGCCAUUCCGUUUUUGCUGAAAGAACACCAUCUAUCAAAGUGAAGCAAAGGAGCCAUUGUGGAUUCUACUGUUUUUGUGUUUUUUUAACAUCUGGAUUUCCAGAGGGUUGAAAACAAGGCAUUGUUGAACCUUUUCAAUGAGAAAGAUUAGGAUCUCGUGCCACUGUUGUGUGCUCUGGAAACAGUUCUCCAAAAGGGAAGUGCACAUUUAAAGCUUCAACACGAUGGUCCUUUCUGCAGAAAUUUAAGAAGUACUGUUUUUACAUCAUGACCAGCUUGAAGCGGUCACAAACAGAAAGGCCAGUAGGCACUGAGAGAGCCUCCGUGGUGGGUCCUGAUGGCCCUCCCAAAGUCCACACUGAUGACUUCUACAUGAGACGUUUCCGGUCCCAGAAUGGCAAUUUAGGGGCAUCGGUCAUGGCUCCCGUAGGGCCCCCCCGAAGCGAAGGGUCCCACCACAUCACUUCGACGCCUGGAGUCCCAAAGAUGGGGGUGAGAGCCAGGAUCGCAGACUGGCCCCCCAGAAAGGAAAACAUCAAAGAAUCUAGCCGCUCAAGCCAGGAUAUUGAAACCUCAAGUUGCCUUGAGAGCCUGUCCUCCAAAAGCAGUCCCGUGAGUCAGGGAAGUUCUGUGAGCCUCAACGCCAGUGACUCAGCCAUGCUCAAGAGCAUACAGAACACGUUGAAAACCAAGACGAGACCGUCGGAGAACAUGGACUCCCGAUUCCUCAUGCCCGAAGCCUACCCCAGCUCCCCCAGGAAAGGCCUGCGCAGAAUAAGGCAGCGGAGCAACAGCGACAUCACCAUAAGUGAACUUGACGUGGAUAGUUUCGAUGAAUGUAUCUCACCCACAUACAAGACUGGGCCGUCCCUGCACAGGGAAUACGGCAGCACAUCCUCCAUCGACAAGCAGGGGACGUCCGGAGAAAGCUUCUUUGAUUUGUUAAAGGGCUACAAGGAGGACAGAUCGGACCGAGGCCCCACGCCCACCAAGCUCAGUGACUUUCUCAUCGCCGGUGGGGCGAAGGGUUCCGGUUUCUCUUUGGAUGUCAUCGAUGGACCCAUCUCUCAGAGAGGCCUCUUCAAAGAGAGGGAAAAACCACUCAAGCGCCGAUCGAAGUCUGAAACCGGAGACUCGUCCAUUUUCCGCAAAUUACGCAAUGCCAAAGGUGAAGAACUUGGGAAGUCCUCCUCAGAUCUUGAGGAUAACCGGUCGGAAGAUUCUGUCCGGCCCUGGACGUGUCCGAAGUGCUUUGCUCACUACGACGUCCAGAGCAUGUUGUUCGACUUGAACGAAGCCAUUCUGAACAGGCACAACGUGAUCAAGAGGCGGAACACCACCACCGGGGCCUCGGCUGCCGCGGUGGCGUCCUUGGUCUCAGGACCCUUGUCCCACUCGGCUAGUUUCAGCUCCCCGAUGGGUAGCACGGAGGACCUGAAUUCCAAAGGAAGUCUCAGCAUGGACCAGGGAGACGAUAAAAGCAACGAACUGGUCUUGAGCUGUCCGUACUUCCGGAAUGAGAUAGGUGGAGAGGGGGAAAGGAAGAUCAGCCUGUCAAAAUCUAACUCCGGCUCCUUCAGUGGUUGCGAAAGCGCCUCCUUUGAGUCUGCCCUCACCUCUCAUUGUACAAAUGCGGGAGUGGCAGUGCUCGAAGUGCCCAGGGAGAACUUGGUGUUGCACCUGGACAGGAUCAAGAGAUACAUCGUGGAGCAUGUGGAUCUGGGCGCCUACUAUUACCGGAAGUUUUUCUAUCAGAAGGAACACUGGAACUAUUUUGGGGCUGAUGAGAACCUUGGUCCUGUGGCUGUCAGCAUACGGAGAGAAAAGCCAGAAGAAAUGAAAGAAAAUGGAUCUCCAUACAACUACCGAAUAAUUUUCAGAACUAGUGAGCUGAUGACGCUGAGAGGUUCAGUCCUGGAGGAUGCCAUUCCCUCCACUGCAAAGCACUCAACGGCCAGGGGUCUGCCCCUGAAGGAAGUGAUGGAACAUGUGAUGCCUGAGCUCAACGUCCACUGCCUGCGCCUGGCCUUCAACACACCCAAGGUCACAGAGCAGCUCAUGAAGCUGGAUGAGCAAGGGCUGAACUUCCAGCAGAAAGUCGGCGUCAUGUACUGCAAGUCUGGGCAGAGCACAGAGGAAGAGAUGUACAACAAUGAGUCAGCCGGCCCCGCCUUCGAGGACUUCCUCCAGCUGCUGGGAGAGCGCGUGCGGCUCAAAGGAUUCGAUAAGUACCGCGCACAGCUUGACACCAAAACGGACUCCACUGGGACACAUUCUCUGUACACGACCUAUAAAGACUAUGAAAUUAUGUUCCAUGUCUCUACGAUGCUGCCCUACACACCUAACAACAAGCAACAGCUCCUGCGCAAGAGGCACAUCGGAAAUGAUAUCGUCACCGUCGUUUUCCAGGAGCCUGGCGCACAGCCUUUCAGCCCCAAAAACAUCCGGUCCCACUUCCAGCACGUCUUUGUCGUCGUCAGAGUUCACAACCCUUGCACGGACAGCGUCUGUUACAGUGUGGCUGUGACCAGGUCCAGAGACGUCCCUUCCUUUGGGCCGCCCAUCCCCAAAGGGGUGACUUUCCCUAAAUCAAACGUAUUCAGGGACUUUCUUUUGGCCAAAGUCAUCAAUGCCGAAAACGCCGCUCAUAAAUCGGAGAAGUUCCGCGCCAUGGCAACGCGGACACGCCAGGAGUAUCUGAAGGAUCUGGCAGAAAAGAACGUCACCAACACCCCUAUCGACCCAUCUGGCAAGUUCCCGUUUAUCUCUCUGGCCUCUAAGAAGAAGGAAAAGUCGAAACCAUAUCCAGGAGCUGAACUCAGCAGCAUGGGGGCCAUCGUGUGGACAGUCCGGGCCAAAGACUACAAUAAGGCGAUGGAAAUCGACUGCCUUCUCGGGAUCUCUAACGAGUUCAUCAUCCUCAUCGAACAGGAGACCAAGAGCGUGGUUUUCAACUGUUCCUGCAGAGAUGUGAUCGGGUGGACGUCCACUGACACCAGUCUCAAAAUCUUCUAUGAGCGAGGAGAAUGUGUUUCUGUGGAGAGCCUCCUUACCAGCGAGGACAUCAAAGAGAUUGUCAGAAGGUUGCAGUUUGUGUCCAAAGGCUGUGAAUCAGUGGAGAUGACCCUGCGGAGGAAUGGGCUGGGCCAGCUUGGCUUCCACGUCAACUACGAGGGCAUAGUAGCAGACGUGGAACCCUAUGGCUAUGCCUGGCAAGCCGGGCUGAGGCAGGGCAGCCGGCUGGUGGAGAUCUGCAAGGUGGCCGUGGCCACCCUGAGCCACGAACAGAUGAUUGACCUCCUGAGAACAUCCGUCACGGUCAAGGUGGUCAUCAUCCCCCCUCAUGAUGACUGCACUCCACGGAGGAGCUGCUCUGAAACCUAUCGCCUGCCGGUGAUGGAGUACAAGAUGGAUGAAGGCGUUUCCUACGAAUUCAAGUUUCCCUUCCGAAAUAACAACAAAUGGCAGAGGAACGCUAGCAAAGGGGCUCAGUCAACCCAAGUGCCAGGCCAGGUGCAGAGUCCUAUGCCCUCGAGGCUGAAUGCUGGGAAAGGAGAUGGGAAGAUGCCGCCUCCAGAGAGGGCCAACAUCCCUCGAAGCAUCUCCAGUGAUGGGCGCCCACUGGAGAGACGAUUGAACAAGAAAUCAAAAAUGGAAGAGCUGGGGAGACAGCGUAAUGGUUAUGCAAAAGGUUCCAAGAUCUCAGACCAAAACUUUGUUCCUCGCGUUGCUGCAUUGUUCAUGGCCUCGAGUUUGGUGGUACUUGGCUAUGCUAACGCGUUUGAUGUGACACACUGCCACCAGCUGCAAGCUUUCUCCAUUGGCCACUUGGUUUCUGACAUGCUGCCCAUUUGCCUGCACUAUAAUGCCCUGUGCUAUAUUCCAGAGCCAACGUGCCAUCUCCCCGCGGUAUCAAAGGUCCUUCCAGCUUUCCGAGAGAGUCCCAGCGGGAGAUUAAUGCGGCAGGAUCCGGUGGUUCAUUUGUCUCCGAACAAACAAGGACAUUCUGACAGCCACUAUUCGAGCCACUCCAGCAGCAAUACCCUCUCCAGCAACGCCUCGAGUGCCCACAGUGACGAGAAGUGGUACGACGGUGACCGCAAGGAAGCCGAGCUCAACAGCUACAGCUACCUGCAAGGCACCUCUGCAGACAGCGGCAUCGAUACCACCUCCUACGGCCCCAGCCACGGCAGCACCGUCUCCCUGGGGGCUGCCACCUCAUCACCUCGCUCGGGGCCGGGCAAGGAGAAAGUGACACCACUCUGGCAUAGCUCCAGCGAGGUGAUCUCUCCGGCAGAUCGGACUCUGGAGGCAGAGGGCCACGGCAUGGAGCGAAAAGCAGAGUCGUCCCUCAGCCUGGAUCUCCACAGCAAGAGCCAGGCCGGCUCCAGCCCUCUGACCAGGGAGAACAGCACCUUCAGUAUAAAUGACGUCGCUUCCCACACCAGUACCAUGAGCUCCCGGCAUUCUGCCAGCCCAGUGGUCUUCACCAGUGCCCGAAGUUCACCUAAAGAAGAGCUCCAUCCCGCCACCACCUCACAGCUCACCCCUUCCUUCUCCUCCUCUUCCUCCUCCUCCUCGUCUGGCCCUCGGACUUUCUACCCUCGCCAGGGCGCGACGAGCAAAUACCUAAUUGGGUGGAAGAAGCCUGAAGGAACCAUCAACUCUGUGGGAUUCAUGGACACAAGAAAGCGCCAUCAGAGCGACAGCAAUGAAAUGGCACACACCAGGCUGCGCACUUCAACCAGGGACCUCCGGGCAUCCCCUAAGCCAACAGCAAAGUCCACCAUUGAGGAGAACCUCAAGAAACUCAUCGACCUGGAAAGCCCGAUGUCUGAAUCCCAGAAGAACUUUAAGUUCCACGCGCUUUCCUCCCCUCAGUCUCCUUUCCCCACUACUCCCACCUCGAGACGGGCCUUGCACAGGACGUUGUCGGAUGAAAGUAUUUACAGCGGCCAGAGAGAACACUUUUUCACCUCAAGGGCUUCGCUGCUGGACCAAGCCCUGCCCAACGAUGUCCUCUUCAGUAGCACGUACCCCUCUCUGCCCAAGUCUCUCCCGCUGCGGAGGCCUUCCUACACCUUAGGAAUGAAGCCACUGCAUGGAGAGUUCUCGGCCUCGGACAGCUCCCUCACUGAUGUCCAGGAGACCCGAAGGACGCCCAUGCCGGACCCUGGGCUGAUGCCCCUGCCCGAUGCUGCUGCAGAUUUGGAUUGGUCCAACUUGGUGGAUGCAGCCAAGGCCUACGAGGUGCAGAGAGCCUCAUUCUUUGCUGCUAGUGAUGGAAACCAUCGCCCCCUGAGCGCUGCAUCCAACAGUGACCAGCUUGAGGACCAGGCUCUGGCCCAGAUGAAGCCGUACAGCAGCAGUAAAGAUUCCUCUCCCACUCUGGCUUCUAAAGUGGACCAACUGGAAGGAAUGCUAAAGUUGCUUCGUGAAGAUCUGAAGAAGGAAAAAGAAGACAAAGCCCACCUUCAGGCAGAAGUCCAACACUUGCGAGAGGACAACCUGAGGCUGCAGGAGGAGUCCCAGAAUGCCUCCGACAGGCUGAAGAAGUUCACAGAAUGGGUCUUCAACACCAUAGACAUGAGCUAGGCCAGGUGGAGGUAGAGGUGGCAGGCCAGGGGUGGCCAUGGGGGCUAUUGCAAGGGAGUGUUUCUAGGCCUUUAGCCGUGCCGUUGAAGCAGCCCCUGGCCCCAGCUCUGCUCUGCCCCCCCCCCCUUUGGGGAGCGCACACAGCAACUGCAGAGCAACAAUCAUUAUCUGCCUUUUCUAGAAAAGAGAAAGAAAAAAAAGUAAAUAAAAUUUUAAACACUUAAAAUAAAAGUUUAACUGCUAAAAUGUGAAUGUCUUUAUUUUUUUUGCACAAUAUCUUUAUCUGUUAGGUAUUUUAAAAAAUAAAUAAAUAAGAAAGAAAGAAAGAAACAGACCCUGGGGCCAGAGGCCUCCUUCCCUGGCCCACCAGCCUCUAUUUCCAUCAGUUCUUUCUUAAUCCACUUCAGGUAACCCAAGCUUUCCCACUCACCUUGACCGGUGUCAUUGUUCCUAGAAAAAAAUGUUCGGUUUUAAAAAAUGGUUUCUAUUGGGGGAGUGGGGAGAGCGUUUUCCUUACCUUUAUUUCUAAAACGCUUGAAAGGGGAGGUGCUUCUAGCCCAUGCCUGCCCUUCCUCAAGUACCUGUGCAUGAACUGUGCUGUCUGCCCAUCUCAGAGAUCAAGGCGUCAGGUCACUUGACAGUCGCAAGGCAGUGAACCAGAAAACACCCAGGACAACGCCUGUGGGCCACAAGCUUGACCAACCCUGCUUUCCUUCCCCAGGAAGGUGGUCCCAGGUGCUCUGUACUCCUCAGAGCUAAAAAAUCCCCCCUUUUGGUUUUGUUUGUUUGUUUGUUUGUUUAGUGCACAUGAGUCCUUCUAAAUCCAAGUCAGACUUUGCGCAGUUUCCUGACUCCAAACCUUAAUUGCUCUCAGAAGUCCUUGGAGCUAAAAUCACCUUAUCUGUUGGGGGGGGGGGAGGCUGUCAAAAAUACAGUUUCUGUUUGGGAUUUUUUUUUAAGCUGCACAUGGGGCUAGGUUGACUUCUGUUUGCUCUAGAUCGACUCCGUGAAUAAAUUGCUAAGCCUAAGACCUCGCCAGUAUUUAUCUCCUUUGAAAAAUGAAUGUUAAAUUGUGACACUGAAUCCUUAUUCACUGAGCAUUAGGACUGAAACAGAAGGAGGCGUGAGAACCCUGCAUGCCCCUGUGUGCAGCGGAAACAAGGCACUUUCUGCAUCUUUCUGUGGCCACCCAAAGGCUUCCACUGCAGAAACGACUGAUGUGCUUGCAUUCCUGUUCCGUGGUGCACCUGUUUUGGGCCCCUGGGCCAUUGUUCCGAGACGCCAGUCCUGUGGAGUACAGAGAUUGGGCCCACUAGUGUUGAGACCCAAGGGAGCCCUUGGUUGUCUUGUUUCUUGCCUUUCAUAAUUGUCUAUAAACUGACACCCGUGUCCCUCCCAGUGGUGACUGUGUUCUAGGGAACAUUCAGCCAACGUAGUGGCAACUUCUUGGAAGUUCCCUGCACCGAGUUAGCUCAGCUCACUUCUCCCUCCACACCGAGUUAGCUCAGCUCACUCCUCCCUCCACCCCUGAAUGGAAUGGAGGGGCCUCUCUCCUCUUCCCCCACUCACCAGAUUUUUUAUGCUACCGUGUCAUUCCUGAUUGUGGUUUUUCCAUGAGUUUUUUUUUUUUUUUUCUCCCUGGUGACAUUUCUAUCAUGAUAAUAGGAAGAUUUCAGAGUGCUUUGUUUAGAUCUCAGUGGUCCCAUCUCUUUCUGUAUGACCUCUAUGAAGGCAAAUGUGCAUUGCCUGGUAUCUCUUUGUAAAUGAGAAAUACUGCUAACAUCUAAGCAUACUGAAGUCUUGCUUAUCCUUCUGAGUUUAGAUUUUGUUUUGUUUUCCAUUUUGUUUGGGGACUUGGGGCAAGCUAUUUAUUAGAGUUUUGCAACAGAGUUCUUGUUUGAAGCCUUUAAAGACUACUUGUAAAAUUCAAACAAUAAAAUUCAUUUUAAACUCUC